AUGUCCGAGGAUGCAACGUGCCUGUGCUCUGUAGCUGAAGCAGCGCAUGCAUUGCUACCGCGCCUAUUCCUAGAUGUGCGGUCCAGCGCUAGCGUACGUAACGGCUGGGCGCGAGCUCGGUCCGCGAUCGACACGUGCGCAACGUACACUAUGGUAACUGCAUCGUUCCUCCGAGCCUAUGGCAUCGAUUAUGACCCCGGAAAGCCGAGAUCCAUAGUAGCCGUAGACGGCAAGCCGGUUAAAAUCCUUGGUGAGACGGACCUUCAGCUCCAGCGAAUGGACGGACCGGUGUCUCUCCCACGGGUGCACGUAAAGGCAUGCGUCGUCGGAUCGCUAGCGGCGGUCGGUGCGGACAUCUUGCUCGGUGCAGAUGUCAUCGCUGGUGUCGGAGGUGUCAGCAUCGGAUAUGGCAGUGACGGGGAGAUCGACUCGGCUAAUUUCGGACCGGGGAUUCCCAGCGUCAGUGCAACGGCUGCGCCGGCAAGUGACCACCCCCUCCGCCAUGUGACUGUGACCAGGGAUGCCAAAGAUGUCACCCUGGCUGCGGACGAUGGACAGGUGCACUGGGACGAUGAACUGAAGAAGUGGACCCUGCAGUGGCGUUGGAAGGAUGGCCAGGAGCCGUCGCAUCCGAUCGGAUCAGGCAUUGGCCAGUAUGCACGCACCAACCUGUCCGCUGAACAGGAGACCCAGUUCUGCGACGAAGUGGAUUCCUGGGUGGAGAAAGGCUGGCUAGUGGAGCACGACGAGGCCACCCACGGAUCGCCUACAGCUAUCAUCCCCCUACUGGCGAAGAGUCAGGCCCAUAAAUCCACCACUCCCGUUCACCCCUGCCUGGACUACCGUGGCCUCAACAACCUGACUAAGUCCAACCCAGGCAUGGAUGCUCCUGCUUGUGCGGAGAAGAUACGGAAGUGGAGGCAAGUCGGAGGCCAGUACGAGCUAGUCGAUGUGCGCAAGGCCUACCUACAGGUGCACGUGGACCCGGCUAUUCUACGAUACCAAGUGGUCGUGUGGCGCGGCAAAUUGUACGUAAUGACCAGGAUGGGCUUUGGGCUAUCCAUUGCCCCAAAGUUCAUGGACGUGAUCGUACGAUGGGUGACACAACCGUGGCCGGAAGUCGAUAACUACGUCGAUGACGUCCUGACACCGGCGGAUGAGCGUGAAGAUGUUGUUGCGGAAUUCGCACGAUACUCGCUGCCAACCAAGCCAGCGGAGCCGCUGUCGUCCGCUCGAGUCCUAGGCCUGCAGUUGUCGACGCCUGUGGAAGGUGACGCCACAUACUGGUCGCGACGCGACGGCGUGGAUCUGGCAUUUCAGCGCCCGUUGACGAAGCGUGCCAUUUUCCAGUGGACAGGCCGCUUAACGAGCCACUACCCGGUAGGCAGCUGGCUGCGACCUGCCUGCUCGUAUCUGAAGAGGAUGGCCAGUGUGGCUGCUACUUGGGAUGAGCCGGUGCCGGAAAGGGUCGUGCAGUGUGCAGAGGAAGUUGCCGACCGACUACAGCAAGAGGACCCGGUACGAGGGAAUUGGCAGGUGACGUCGAAGUCGGAAGGCAAUUGGGCCGUCUUCUUCGACGUGUCUGAUAUAGCAACUGGCGUUGCGUUGCAGCACAAUGGCAACACCAUCGAGGACAGGACGUGGCUGCGAGAUGCCGAGGACAUCAACGUCGCCGAGCUUGACGCGUGCGUGCAUGGGCUCUCUCUCGCUGCCGAGUGGGGCCUGAGUUCGGUACGGCUCGUCACGGAUUCCAAGACGGUGUUCGCUUGGCUUCAGCAGGUCGCUGACAAAGUGCGUCGCGUGAGACUCGGGGGUCUUCACAAGGUAUGGAUCGAGAGACGCUUGCAAGUGGUAGCCGACCUCCUGAAGACUGCCCGGCUCAGCGUGUCCGUAGAAUGGGUGCCAACCGACCGGAAUCCGGCCGACGAGCUGACGCGGGUGCCGGUGGCGUGGCUCAAAUCGUGCAAGCCCGACGUGACGGAAACGGAAGCUGUGUCUGUUACUGCUGCCGUAGUUGAAGGUGGUGCGCCGGGGCGAGCUAUCACCCGAGACGAAAUCAGGGAGGCCCAGCGAGCGACUCCCGACCUGGUGCCCGUGCUGUCGGCUGUGCAACAAGGCAAGCGAGUCGUCAUGAAGGAAUAUGAGAAAGUGCAGGACCAACUUGUCAUUGACGACGGUAUCCUGUCGCGGAGCUUCAGACUACCUGCCGCCGGAAGGGUCACCGUGCCGUUAAUCCCGGAGACGCUAGUGCCUCGUGUGCUGGAAGAAGCCCAUCGAAUGUCUGGACACGCCAGCUGGACGGUCAUGUAUGGGAUGCUGCUCGGCAUGUGUCACUUUCCAAGCAUGAACGCCCGGUGCCAAGACUUCUGCCGAAAUUGUCAAGCAUGUAGCGCCGCCAACAGCCGUGGAGGUGCGACGGUGCCGCAAGCUCCUCUGGAGAUACCCGGGCAACCGUGGAGUGUGCUUCAAGUCGACACCCUGGAGCUCGGCCAUGAGAGGAGUGGACGGUUCCACUGCGUGCUCGUUUGCACGGACGUCUUCACUAAGUGGGUCGAGGUGGUACCUCUUCGACGCCAUGACGCUGCGAGCGUAGCGAGAGCGAUGACCAGCAUCUGCUGCAAAUGGGGUCCACCGGACGAAGUGCGGCUAGAUAACGGAACUGAGUUCCAGAAUGCUGUCGUUCGUGCACUGUUUAUCCAGUUCGGCGUACGAGUGAAGACGGGAGCAGUCCGACACCCCCAGUCGCAGGGUUGUGUUGAGCGGAUGAACAGGACCAUCAUCACACUCAUGCGGAAGGUCUUGGACGAGACAGCAGACUAG